CAGCAUUUUGACAGCUUGAGAAAUGAAUGAGGAUUGCUCAUUUAAGUGACAGUAGAGUAGAUCACAGUUGCUCUCAGUUCGUCGUUUAGGACGCACGUCCCUUAAAAUCAAAUGUUUAAAAGUUUAUUCUUUUGCUUAAAUUUUAAAAAUAUAUUUAAAAAGUGACUUAAAUUUUUGAUUCUCAAAUCAUAUACUCAACGCCAUCUAGCGUCGGAUAGAAUGUUCAACUUAGUGUCGCUACUCGUCGCCGCGGCGCUGGUGUCGCUGCAAUGUGGGUUCGAAGCGAACGCACAGCUCGACAACAAACAGAUGGAUAACAAUAUUAAGGCUUUUGUGACUCCGCUGACGAAAAGGCGCGCCCGUAACUUCGUGUCAAUACAACAGGCGCCCCCCGAGACCGCCCGGCUCGCCGGCGCCCCGAUAGAACUGCGAUGUGAGGUCAUGGGUGUACCUUCCCCCACUAUACAGUGGUUGAAGAAUGGAGAGCCUAUUGCUGAUUACAUGGACGAAACCAACGAGAUCCAAGCAGUCUACCCAUCAAGCAUGGCCUGGCUAAUGUCUACACUCGUCGUAUCUGCAGCAGUCAGCGGUGACGUGUUCACGUGUGUGGCCACUACUGGUCACGCCACUGAGACUGCUUCUACCACUGUGUUUGCCGAGCCUGGUGACGACGCCAACCUCCUCCUCCCCCUGUUCCCCGCCGCGCCAGUCAUCUCCUCCUACUACGUCCAGCUCUUCCAGGACAUUGGCAGCGACGUGGUGCUGCCCUGCCGCGUGUACAGCCCUACCGAGCCUCAGGUGUACUGGCAGGACCAGCAUCAUAAUGUCAUCUAUGAUAACCCUAGGAUGAGGGUGCUGCGCUCUGGAGACCUCUACAUAAAAGACAUCCACUGGGCCGACAUGGGCGAGUACACGUGCACCGCCAAGAACCUUUACGGAAAGACCACCGUCUCCAGCUUCCUCUAUCCCGCUAGGCCGAAACAUUAAACCAUCAAUAACCGCCGACCAAGCCACUCCCGCCGAUGCUUAAUGAUGUUCCUAUUCUUAGUUAAAGUAUUAACGUAAAUUAACUUAUUAUUAGAUUAAGUUAUGCUUAAAAUCAAGCCAUUGUACUUGCCUUGUUUCUAAAAUUAUAACAUUUAUAAUAAUUUAAUAUAAGCUGCGAACAGUUAUUUUCUUACUCGAUAGUAUACGUUAAGGCGCAGGGUAGGGCAAGGCAUUCUCCAUACAAACCUUGUGUAAGUUUUAUUCGUUAGUUUUGGCACUAUAGCAUUUAAUUUCAUUUUUGCUUGUAUAUAUUGGAUAUACGCAGAACUUGAUGUAGAAAUUUUUCUUUAUUAAAAAAAAUACAAAUACAAAAAUUAAAAAAUAAAUUAAAAAAUAAUACAUCAAGCCCUAGCUAACAGAAAAAUAAGCAUAUUUACCAAAAAUAAUGACUGUAGCGCAAACACAAACGAAGAAAAACGCGCACAGAGUUUGUAUGGAAAGAGCUUGCCCUACCCUUCGCCUUAAGGUCCCAACUUUGAGAUAUGGUCCCAGUAGUGGACAUUCGCUGAACCAGUCUUUGACACUAUGUUUUUUAAGCUUUGAUUUUAUAUUAAGUAGCCAAUUAAUUAUAUAUGUAAAUGUAAGCACAAAAAAGUGCUAAAAGCAUAAUGGAUAACGGUAAAUAAGUUUUAUAUUAUUUUUAAUGUAAAUACCCUUAUGCGAAGAGCUUUUGUAAAAUGAGAUCUGAUAUUUUUUUCAAAUAAUUAAAAUUACAUCUUAUUACAUUUUUCUCGGCAUAUGUACUGUAAUUAUAUGAUAAAAAUUAUUUACUUGUUUAUGACGUAUAAUAAUUAAGUUAAUCCUCCCAGAGAUUGUAUAGUGUUAAAUUGCCGCGAUAGGACAUAUCUAUUCAUAAACCUAAUUUAUUGGCAGGGUAAAUUAGGGUAAAUCGCCACUAAAGAAACCUAAUUACACUUGUCGUUACUAUUGUUAUUAAGAGUCUUUCAAAAAGCCGCUUCUAGAGGAAAGAGGACGACCUCUUCUCCAUACAAACGUAGUCCCCAUAUUCGUCUCUGGAUAUUGACAUUAUGGAGAAUAUUUUUUACAUGAUUUGAUAUAUAAUAACCAUAGCUAUGCUCAUAUGUUUGAGUUUCUUAAAUUUUUGUAUUAUUGUAAAAAAUAACAGCGAAACACAGAUUCCAUACAAUUUUUAUAUACUCUUAACUCUCAUAAUAAUUGUAAAUUCACAAAAAAUCAAACGUAGGAACAUAGCUGUGGUUGAUAUACAGCUAAUUGUGUCAAAAUAUUUUCAAUAAUGUUAAUAUCCAAAGAGGAAAAUGGGGAUUACGUUUGUAUAGGGAAGCGGCUGUCCCCUUUCCUCUAGGAGCGGUUUUUUUUAAAGAAUCUUAAUAACAAUAGUUAUCUAAGAAUGGCAGUAAGUAAUUGUAGAAAGGGAUUAUAGUAGUAUUGUUUUCCCUACCGUAUACUAUAUCAAAAUUAUCUACCAUGAAAAACAUUGCCUGGCGUGGCGUGAAAAAACAGUGAUAUCAAAAAACUGUCUGUAUCCAAUUUCGAAUUAUAGUCACAUUCCUCACAUUAUUAGUAAUUAGAUAUAUACAGCUGUUUAAUACAUAAUCAAAAUUUUAUCAACUUAGGUAGGUCGUGGAAUCUUUUCGGGCCGAUAUGAUCUUCAAACCUUUAAGAAAAGAGCGUACUAAAUUAAAUAGUCAUUUAAUUCAGGCACUGAGUACUCCCAUAUUAAAUGCCGGCAACACACUUGCAACCCACCCCUGCUGGUAUCCAUGGGCAAUAGUAAUUGCUUACCAUCAGGCGAUUCGUCUGUCUGCUCGUUUGCCUCUUAAUACAUUGAGCAUCGGGAUCCCGCUCGUCGGGUUCUAUGUUCGUAGCAACCAAAAAAUAUUAUAACUAUCCGAAAAUGUACAAAUUGUUUGUUUACUUUUAUUUCAAUACCUAAAGAUACAGAGUAUAGGUAUUGGCAAGAUUUUUCACUAAACUUAAACUUUCAUACACUAUCCAAAAAUACUCUAAUAUCUAUGUGACAGUUACUUGUAAAAAGUUAUUUAUAGAAUAUACCUAUUGGUAUAAUCAGUAAACUCAUAUUAUUAAAACUUAAAUAAAAUGAAAUAGAUUUCAUUUAUACUACAGAAAAGUGAAAGUGCAGCAAACAAUGUGCCAAAUAUUGACAAUGUCCAUAACUGGUUACAGUCGAUUACUGAUUACAAUUUGACAUAAAAAUUAAACUCGGAUUAUAAAAACUUAUGCAUAAUUAUUUAUAUUAUAGCCCAUCACUAAGUUAAUUUAGUUAUACAGGCUUUUUUAUUUAUACUAUAUGAUAAGUACUUAAUUGUAGUAAUGUUUAAGUAAUUAUGAAAUAUAUUUAAGUAUAUGUUUGGGUGUUACAUACUGUCCUGUGAUUGGAAAAAAAUAAAUGUUUUAUUAUUACCAAACCAA